GUGUUCUGAAUUUCAUAUUCCUAGGACAAAUUUGGCCUACUCUUAUUGAGAACAAGCCAAAGAAUGCCAACCAAAAGAUUCUUUCAUCAGUCAUUUUCCACCAAUGUCAUAAUAAUCUUUCUAUUGGGCUUGGGUCUUGUCAAACCCGACCCAGAUCCACUUCAAGAUUACUGCAUCGCCAACACAAAAACCCGACAACCCUAUUCAUUUAACGGGUUACCUUGUAUAGACCCCGAGCUCGUAUUAGCAUCCCAUUUCUCAACACCUGCGUUGUCCAAACCCGGGAAUACACGGGCCAACCCGUUUGGAUUCAAUGUCACCCUAACAAAUAUCCAGAACCUUCCGGGGAUCAACACACAAGGCCUAUCCAUGGCCCGCGUGGACAUUGAAGCCAAUGGGCUAGUGCCACCUCACUCUCAUCCAAGGGCCUCAGAAGUGACCAUUUGUCUUAAGGGUCAGAUUAUAGUGGGAUUUGUCACUACCAGUAAUCAUAUGUAUACACAACAACUAAGAAGUGGUGAGUCCUUUGUUUUCCCAAAGGGGUUGAUUCAUUUCUUGUACAAUAUGGACCAGAUGAAGCCAGCUUUGGCGAUCUCAGGCUUAAGCAGCCAAAAUCCCGGUGCACAGAUUGUGUCUUUGGCUACAUUUGCUUCAACACCAGGCAUGCCGGAUGAAGUUCUUCAGAGAGCAUUUCAGAUUACACGGCCUGAAGUUGCCAAAAUAAGGAAGAAUCUUGGAGGUUGAAUAAACUAAAAGUUUGAGAAUAAUGCAUGAAAAGAAAACAAAUAAGUACUAAAUAAAUGUCCCAUUUAUGUAAAUGUUGGUGUACAUGACCAUGACAUUUGAGAUUUAAGGAAACAAGUUGUUACAAUAAGAGAAUGAAAAGGAUUCACUCAUGUUACAUGUAUGUAACUGUUUUAUUGCUAUAAAGAGUUUGCAUCAAGGAAGUGUAGUUCUAAGUUCUUUUCUA